GGAGAGCGCAGAGCGGGGCGCCGAGAGAAGAUCUCCGGAGCUGGGUCUGCGAGGGAGCUGGGCGCAGGGACCGAGGAGGUGCUGGCGGCGGCGGGCGAUGCUGCUGCUGCCUGCCUGCACCGGGCUCCACUGCUGGGGGUGAAGGCUCAGCCAAGCCAAACCCAGCGGCCAAGGGAGUCCAAAGCGGGACCAGAGUUGGAAGAGAGAGAGAGAAAGGAGGAGGUAGUGCUGGUGGAGGAGGAUGGGCUGUGGGGGAAGCCGCGCUGAUGCCAUCGAGCCCCGCUACUACGAGAGCUGGACACGAGAGACCGAGUCCACCUGGCUGACCAACACAGACACAGACCUGCAGCUCUCGGCUACGGCUACUGCCACCGGGCUGAGUCCCGGGGAACCGGACAGCGGCCCGGAGGCAGGCGGCCUGCGGGACCAGGGCUCCCUGUACACGGGUGAAAAAAGAGCGCAAGCAGAUGCCAGCAAGAGAAGUCACCUUCAGUGUUACCAAAAGCAUCCGACCAAUGGACAGAGAUAGAAGAAUUAUGAAGACUCGGGUGAAUUAGCUAUGCUUUCCAAUCAAAGGGAGGAUGACUAGUGCCAUUUGGCGGUACUUUGAUGAUCCCACAAGGGAACUUAAAGAAACAUGAUGGUCCUAAUUGAACAGGCUAAAUUGCUGAGUGCCUUCGGUUACUUUGCAUCUCUUAUGUGGCAGCAAAUAGCUGCCAUCAGUGUUUGGACAUUUACUGAGCUGUCUUUAUCUAAUGUGUUAGCACAGUAUUCCUAUGUGAUAAUAAACUGCUAAUGGAUCGUUUGG